GGAGCGAGGCGGUAACAUGCCCAGCGAGCUUCGAGUGGAAAGCGCCGCCGAGGACGACGACGAAGACGCCGCUGCCCAAAGUGGCCACCGCGGUGGCGCGUUUCUUUAAUAAUAUUCUAAACUAGCUAGUGUAAAAUAGCUUGAUUCUUUGGUACUUUACGUUUCUCAUUAAUCGCCGAUACGGGCUGCUUCGGAUUAAAACGGGUACUGUAAAUAGUGUGACUAGGGACCAAUCACAAAUAACGUAUUCUAAUCGACGAUUCUUCCAUUAUUCACCCUUCUUUGGCGGCGAUGGCUCUGACCAACAUAACAGCACGCACGGCCGUUACCGUCGAGGAGUUACUCUUGCAGGAAAAUGUCACCGGAAACGGUAGUUUUCUAAAUGGCAGUGUUAAUUUACCGCACUAUCCGAGCGGGUACACCCUGCCGCAGAUAGUGGUGGCGUCUAUUGUAGUCACUGUUCUUAUGAUUGUGGUAGUGGUAGGAAACAUGCUUGUUAUUAUUGCGAUUACGACGGAAAAGGCGUUAAAAAACAUUCAAAAUUGGUUUAUUGCGUCGUUGGCGGUGGCCGACUUUUUCUUAGGCCUUGUGAUUAUGCCGUUCUCGUUAGCCAACGAGCUAAUGGGUUAUUGGAUUUUUGGAUCUUGGUGGUGCGACGUGCAUUCGGCUAUGGACGUGCUUCUGAGUACGGCAUCCAUAAUGAACUUAUGCCUCAUCUCGCUCGACCGAUAUUGGAGUAUUACUCAAGCCGUCGAAUAUUUGAAAAAACGAACUCCAGGACGUGCUGUGAUGAUGAUCGCCAUUGUGUGGGUUGUAUCAGCCCUUAUUUGUAUUCCACCCUUACUUGGUUGGAAGGUGGAACGACCUCCAGACGAGCAAUACCCCAAGUGCCAGGAUUCGUCGCGAAAAUACCCGUCCCGGAUGCUGCACAGAACGGCCAAGUCGAAGACUUUUCACGAUUUAAGAGACCUCCCGCAUCUUCCAUGGGCCGCCUUUUCCGCAUCGACCACCUUUCCGGUAUCGACCGCCGUGUACACCCGAAAGGAGAAAGAGCACCUUUCGCAUCGUACAUGGGCCGCCUUUGGGCAUCGGCCGCUUUUUCCGUAUCCGCCGCCUUAA